AGUCAGCAGGCUGAUCUGGAAGUAUAAACAAGAAAGGAGGCUGACGGCUCUAGAAGUCCCCAACCUGUUGUGAUCUUCAGUAGACAAACACUCCUGGUGUGUCACAGGAUUCAGGUACAUGGCAGUGGCCAGGGCGAAGGGUAGCAAGACAGAACCAGGGACCUCCUGGGAGCCUGUCUCUCUUUGUAGGGCCUUGUUCUUUGGCUAAUUUUCCCCCAGAGUCCAAAUUGCCUCCUCUCUCUCCUUCCUCCUUCCCUUCUUCCUUGCCUUCCUUCCCCUCCUUCCUUUUCUCUUUCUCCUGACAUUCACCAAUGUAGUGGUCUCUACUAUCUCACUUAAAUUUCGGUUGAGACAGCUCCCACAUCUAUGUCCAAUUUGGAGCCUUCCUCUGGGGCCACACACGCACAGGCCACUAAACCUCGGCCGGCUGUCUCCUGGAAUGAAGAAAGCAAAGGAAGCCUAGAGUGGAGACAAAGAAGCCCGAGGCACUCUGAGAGCUGCCAUCUUUUCCUUGUUUGCCGCCUGACACUUCUCAGCAGGAUCCACAUACCCUAAGGGAGUGGAGAGAGGCCUGGGCUGGGCCAGGUUUUCUGGGCUUUUUCCUGUGCUCCGAGUAGGUGGGUUGUAUUUUACCCAGUAGGAGUGGAAGACUCCUUGGCGCUUGGUGCUUCAACCGGACUGACUUCCUGGGCCUGGAGUUGGCGAUUAGACUCUGCCUUCAGGGUCUGACAUGGCUCACCUGAUGACUGUGCAGUUGUUGCUCCUGGUGAUGUGGAUGGCCGAAUGUGCUCAGUCCAGAGCUACUCGGGCCAGGACUGAACUUCUCAAUGUCUGCAUGGAUGCCAAACACCACAAAGAAAAACCGGGCCCUGAGGACAAUUUACACGACCAGUGCAGCCCCUGGAAGACGAAUUCCUGCUGUUCCACGAACACAAGCCAGGAAGCACAUAAGGACAUUUCCUACCUGUACCGGUUCAACUGGAACCACUGCGGAACUAUGACAUCGGAAUGCAAACGGCACUUUAUCCAAGACACCUGCCUCUAUGAGUGUUCCCCGAACUUGGGACCCUGGAUCCAGCAGGUGGACCAGAGCUGGCGCAAAGAGCGGAUCCUUGAUGUUCCCCUGUGCAAAGAGGACUGUCAGCAGUGGUGGGAGGACUGCCAGAGCUCUUUUACCUGCAAGAGCAAUUGGCACAAGGGAUGGAACUGGUCCUCGGGGCAUAACGAGUGUCCUGUGGGAGCCUCCUGCCAUCCCUUCACCUUCUACUUCCCCACAUCUGCUGCUCUGUGUGAGGAAAUCUGGAGUCACUCCUACAAGCUCAGCAACUACAGUCGAGGGAGCGGCCGCUGCAUUCAGAUGUGGUUCGACCCAGCCCAGGGCAACCCCAACGAGGAAGUGGCGAGGUUCUAUGCCGAGGCCAUGAGUGGAGCUGGGUUUCAUGGGACCUGGCCACUCUUGUGCAGCCUGUCCUUAGUGCUGCUCUGGGUGAUCAGCUGAGCUCCUGUUUUACCUUCAGUUGUCUGGAGCGCCACCCUGCUUGGCUCAGCCUCCCAGCUCCCAGCCUCCUUUGUGGUGGGGCUCUGACAGCCUCUUUAAUAAACCAGACAUUCCACA